UCCUAGUUGUUUCGGGCGGGCUGGUUCAUAACCUGUCACCGGGUGAUUGUGAUUGAAAAUAUAUUAUCUUGUUUGUUUGCCGGUCCUCAGAGCUAAUAACUUGGCGCGAAAUAUACCUAGCACUGCAAUAGUCUUCUCAUUAUGGCAGUCGUUAAGUCUUUAAAGAUACGAGGUAUACGUAGUUUUGGGCCCGAUGAUUCCGAUGAACAAGGGAUAUCCUUUGAGAGUCCUCUAACUCUGAUACUGGGACAAAAUGGAUGUGGUAAAACAACGAUCAUUGAAUCCUUGCGUUAUGCUAUCACGUCACAAAUGCCGCCGGGGAUGGGUCACAGCGACUGUUUUGUACAUGACCCAAAAGUUAAUAGGACGUCCGAAGUUCUAGCGCAAAUAAAACUGAAGCUUGCAAAUGCACAAAGUAAAAAUUUGGAGAUAACAAGAUCUAUGAAAGUAGCUCUAACUAAAAAGAAAACAACUUUUCGCACUAUGGACUCCUUACUAUCUGUUACUGAUGACACCGGGAGAACGAAGGACAUUUCCAAAAAGUGUGCUGAUCUGGAUUCAGUUCUACAUGAUGAACUUGGAGUUUCAAAGGCAAUCCUCAAUGCAGUUAUAUUUUGUCACCAAGAAGAAUCUAGCUGGCCCCUAGAUGAAGGCAAAAAAGUAAAGGAACGCUUUGAUGAAAUAUUUGAUUCAGAUAAAUACAGUAACUGUUUUGACCGUCUCAAAAAAAUCAGAAAAGCUUAUGCAGUUGAUAUCAAGAUCCUUGUGGAUAGAGUGGAAGUUCUAGAAGAACAAAAGAAAGAAUUAGAUAAGAAGAAAUUAGAUGUGAUCAAUACUGAAACUAGAAUAUCGGAGACUGAAUUAAUGCUCUGUGAAAUUACCAAAGAGCUUAAACCGAUUGAAGAAACAUUACGCUCCAUUAAAACUUUGGAAACAACACUAAAUACAUAUGAUACCAAACUAGACAAACUAAAAGUGAAAUUGGAACACUGUCAUAAAAGAGACCAAGAGUUAAAAAAAGAGAUUAAGAACAUGUUUGAGGGUACACUACCAGAAUUAAAAGAAAAAAUAAGUAACUAUGAAGCCACAGUAAAAGCUAAUCAAAAAGAACUUGAAGAAUCAUACUCAAAAAUUUCUAAUUUCAAUAAUGAAGAAGAAAGAGUUGCAAAUGAAAAGGAUGCAAAUAAGUCAAAACUUGAAAAACUUAUCUUGUUGGAUAGUCAAAAUGACAAAAAGAUGGUGGAGCGAAAUGAAAUGAUUGUGAAUGUUGCAAAAUUAGCUGGAGUUGAUGAGAUAGUGGCAGUAGAGUCUAGUGAAGAAGCAGUACAGGCUAUAAAGAAACUAACUGAAAGGAUUGAAAGCUUAAAACAAGAACUGAAGGAAUUAAAAUCAUUAGCUGAUAAGGAACAGAAACAGAAGCAGUCAUUAGUGGAUGAAAGUCUUGUUGCUCUCACUCGUCACAACCAACAAAUUUCAAGUAAAGAAAGUGACAUUGAAAAAAAUAAAAAAGAAGUAACAAAAUUAGAAAAAGAAAUUGUUGCUGCUAAUGAGUCAAAAAUACGACUAGAAGCUGCUGAAAAGAAAUUCAAGGUUGCAGAAGAAGAGUAUGAAAAGGUGGAGAAAGAAUUAAACACAGAAGAGCAUCAAAAUCAAAUCAAUGAAGAUGAAAAGGAAUUGGAGAAACAGGAAGAAGAACUUGAAGUCAUUGAUGGGAAGAUUGCAAAAUUACAAAAACAGAGUGCCUUACUUAAAGAACGCGAAGUGAAAGAAGAAUUACUGAAGGAAGAAGAAAAACAGUUUGCUGUGCUUAAAAACAAGCAUAGGACAUCUCUAACAGAACUACUGGGCAACAUGCCAGAGAAGGAUUUCACUUUAUCCCUUAAAAAGUUAGAAUCUACGUUGAAUCCUGAAAUAAAUGCACUGAAAAAGGAAUUGAACGAAAAGAAAACGCAAAUAACUAAGCUUGAAGAGGAACGGAAACACGUUCGCAGAACUUUAAUGGAACGCAACAAAAAACAAGAAGAGGCGGAAGAACAAAUGUACAAAGCUUGUGGAGCAACGUCCUAUGAAAAUACGUUGGCUAAAGUUACUGCUAAUGUUGAGAAAUUGCAGGACGAACGCAAUGUUCUGGAAUCAUCUAUGUUUGUCAUAACUAAAUAUGAAUCUCAACUAAAAGCCAAUAGUUGUUGUCCGUUAUGCAACCGUGGAUUUGAUUCCGAAAGUGAGGUGACAGAUUUAAUUAGUCAGCUCAAUACUAAAGUCAUGAAUGUUCCCGAACAACUAAAGAAAGUUACAGAAGAACUGCAAAAGGAAUCGUCUCGAAAAGACGAACUGUUAGGUAUGGCAUCGCUAAACGAAAGAAUUAAAUUGUUCAAAGAAAAAGACAAACCACAGUUGGAACAAAACAUAGCUGAUGUCGAAACGAAAAUAAACAAACUAACAGAAGAGGUUGACGGACUGUCUAUGUCUCUCCUAGAACCAGAGCAAAAGCUACAGACAAUCAAGCAAAUUCAAGGAGAUAUGCCAAUGCUAGAUAGGGGGAACCAAAAAAUUGAAAAAUUGGCUCAGAAGUUUGAAGAAAUUAAAGCACAAUGUUCAACAGUAGAUACAGAUAUGACUUUAGAAGAAGCUUCUGCCAAGCAAACUGAAAUAAAACAAAAGAUAGCGGCAUUGAAGGCAAAGCUCAAGGAAGCUCAGAAGAAACUUAAUGUUCACAAUAAAAAGAUGCAGGAACUAGGAGUAAAGAAAAACAAAAUUAAAGAGGAAUGCCUGAAUUUGCAAAAGAAGGUUCAAGAAAUAUACAAUCUUCAAGAGACUAAAAAACAAUUAGAAGCGAAUAGAGAAAAGUACAUAGAGGAACUAGCAGAACUGAAAGAUGGCGUGGCACCAUUAAAAGAGGCACUCAAGGAGAAAGAGCAAGCUAAAGCUGAGGUCGUAAAAGAGAACAGAGCUAAAAUAGAAGCCAAGAAUAGUGAGAUAAUGAAAGUGUCCAUAGCAUUUGACAAAGUCAAGUCGAUCGAUCUUGAUAUAAGACAGCAUAUAGAAAGAAAUAUUCCCCAUGAAAAGUCAAAGAAAGAGGAAGCAAUAAAGAAGUUAGAAGACAAACUUAAAAAGAUACAGAGUGAUAGACAAGCUACUACUAAGAGGAUAGAGACUUUAAAGGACGAUAUUGCCAAAGAAAAGAUUUACAAACGCGAAUUAGACGACAAUUUGAAACUAAGAGAAGUACAAAAAGAAACACAAGAGUGUGAAAAAGAAGAAUCCGAGAUUAAAGAAAAAUUGAGUACAAUAAACAGAGAUAUUAUAAAUGAAAAGGAUGCUUUGUUAGUUAAACACAGGAAGCUUUCGAAUGAUAAGUCUAAAACUGAUGGUAUACUGGAUGAACUGCAGACCACACUAAAGAAAAACAAAGCCGAUCUUAAAACUGCCUUAGGAAAAGACAUUGAAAAGAAAUACAGGGAGAAAUUCUAUGAGUUACAAGUAACAAGAAUGUUGGAUAAGGACGUAAAGGAUUAUUCUGUUGCUUUAGAAAAGUGUCUCAUGGAAUACCACAAGAAGAAGAUGGAGAGCAUCAAUCUUAUAAUAAAGGAACUUUGGAGCAAAAUCUACAGUGGUAAUGACAUAGAUUAUAUAGCUAUUAAAGCUGAAGGUAGUAUGUCCAUGGAGUCAGAACGUCGUAAAUAUGAAUACAGGGUAAUUCAGUGUAAAAACGGUAUUGAAAUCGACAUGAGAGGACGAUGCAGUGCUGGGCAAAAGGUCUUGGCUUGUCUUAUCAUAAGACUGGCUCUCGCAGAAACAUUUAGUUCCAGAUUUGGAGUAUUAGCUUUAGACGAGCCUACUACGAAUUUAGAUCAUGACAACGUAAAAAGUCUUUGUAUGGCCCUCGGUGAAAUAGUACAAGAGAGAAUGAUUCAAAAGAACUUUAUGUUCAUUAUCAUUACUCACGACAGAGAGUUUAUUGAGUCUCUAGGACAAAUAGACAAGGUUACGCACUUCUUUGAGGUGUCCAGAAAUGACGAAGGCAAAUCUAGAAUUAAAAGAGUUAAGUUUUCAUAAGUAAUUGUUAUGCAUAAAAUAAUUAUAAUCAUUCCUAUGUGUUAAGUAGUUUUUAAGAGGCAGUGCCUUAAUUUCUUUUAUACUUACAGUUAAUCACAUUUUUACAAUAAAAUAAAGCCUUUUUGUAAUUUUAA